GUUCUGGCUCGCUCUCUCGCCCGCAAAUUUCCAAAAGGCCCAAACCCCCAGGUCGGUGGAGCGCGGCGCCCCAACCCCGAGACCAAAUAUUCUCCCCUCCCUUGCCUUUCCGCAGCCGCAGCUGUUCGUCCGUCUCUGAACCGAUUAGGAUUCAAGAGAGAGAGAGAGAGAAGAUUCUCUUUACCGUUCACCCCUCCUCCUCCUCCUCCUCUUCGUCUCCGUGUCCUAGCCCUCCCCCUCCGCUCUCCCUCGCGCGCAGAUUGCUGCGCCGGCGGCGUCGGGCCCCCCCCGCAAGCGAGGCGCCGCCGCCGCCGCCGCCUUCCACCACUCCUGGGAUUCGACUAGGGGCGGGUUGGUUCCGUCCUCUGCAGGAUGGAGGAGCCAAAUGCUGAAGUGGGCAUACCAACCGUGGAGCUGAGAGGCAUCACAUUCGAUCUCAUGACCAAUACAGAGAUGGAAAAGUCGAGCAGCGCGAGCAUUGUAGAACCAUCUGAUGUCACUAGUGCCAAGUUGGGAUUACCAAAUGGGGCACCGCAGUGUGAGACUUGCGGAGCGCAGACUGUGCGUGAAUGCGACGGUCAUUCUGGCGUGAUUAAGCUGCCUGCAACUGUGCUCAACCCGCAUCUAUUUGAGGAAGUUGUCCAGUUACUGAAUCAGACAUGUCCUGGCUGCCACACUCCAAAGCAGAACAGAGAUUCAAAGAGGUCGAAUGGGGCAACGAGUCAAGCAACUUGCAAGUAUUGCUCAAAGGAUGGCACUAAACAAUACCCUGAUGUUAUCUUUAAGGCACUGACAAGCCCAAGAAUAACACUGUCCAAGGCUAAAGUUCAACACGACUAUAACUUUAUGGACAAAAUUUCGAUUACUGCAGAAGUUGCUGGCAGAGUGACAGACAAGUCCAAUAAUAAUGGUUCAUGUGAAGUUCUUCCCUUGGACUAUUGGGAUUUUGUACCUCAUCACCACCCCCCUCAAUCAAAUAUGACCAAGAUAUUAUUGUCUCCAUACCAAGUCUCUCACAUAUUGGAACAACUUGAUCCUGAGCUAUUUAGCCGGUUUGCGUCAAGGCUGGAGCUAAUUUUCCUGUCGUGUUUGCCGGUGACUCCUAACUUCCAUCGCGUGGCGGAGUUGCCCUAUGGGUUUUCAGAUGGCCCUCGCUUAGCUUAUGAUGACCUGACAAAAGCUUACAAGAGGACGAUUGAUGUUGGUAGGAAACUUGAUGACUUGCGUCAGCAUCCACAGUUCAGUGUUUUUGCAAGUUCACUUGUCACAAGCCGAGUUGUGGAGUGCCUCAAAUUGUCGAAGUUACACUCUAAAAAGACAGAUAAGGAAUCAUCAACAGACACACAUGGAAUGAAAUGGUUGAAGGAUGCCAUUCUCAGCAAACGGUCCGAUAAUGCUUUUCGGGGUACUAUGGUCGGUGAUCCAAAGAUUAGAUUGCAUGAAAUUGGCAUCCCUGUGGAUUUAGCUUCGAACUUGGUUGUUUCUGAGCAUGUUAACUCCUAUAACUUUGACAGCAUAAAUUCGAAAUGCAACCAUUACCUUCUUGCCAAUGAAGUUCUAGUCAUUAAGCGCAGUGGAAAGACAAUUCUUGUUCGGAAGCCAAAUCAGCUGGUAAUUGGUGACACUGUGCACAGGCUAUUGCAGGAUGGUGAUCUUAUUCUUAUCAAUAGGCCACCGUCAGUACAUCAACACUCCCUUAUUGGACUCUCUGCAAAAUUACUCCCAAUUCAGUCGGUUCUUUCAAUCAACCCACUGUGUUGUGCACCACUCGCGGGAGAUUUUGAUGGGGACUGUUUGCAUGGAUAUGUCCCACAGUCCAUACAGUCAAGAGUUGAGCUUGGGGAGCUAGUUAGUUUGAGCCACCAACUAUUGAACGCGCAAGAUGGGCGAAGUUUGGUGUCAUUAACACAUGACUCUCUAGCUGCAGCAUAUCUGUUAACAAGCUCAGAGGUUUUACUAAAGAAAACUGAAAUCCAGCAAUUUCAAAUGUUAUUACAUCCACUCUCGCCGACACCAGGGCCAGCAAUAAUGAAAUCUAUACACUCUCAUGGUCCACUGUGGACCGGUAAGCAGUUGUUCAGCAUGCUGCUUCCGUCUGAUAUGAGUUUCAGCAUUGAGUCUAAGGUACACAUCAUAGACGGUGAAGUUCUUGCCUGCCCAUCUGAAUCUUUUUGGCUGCAGAAUAGCAUAUCUGGCCUUUUUUCCUUCAUGUUCAAACAAUAUGGCGACACGGCUCUUGAGUUACUCUCUUCUGCUCAGGAUGUACUAUGUGAGUUUUUAACCAUGAGGGGUUUAAGUGUCAGUCUUUCGGAUAUCUAUCUGUUCCCAGACCACGACUCGAGGAGAAAACUAGCUGAUGGAGUUAAUCUGGCAUUGGAUGACGCUGAAGAGGCUUUUCGUAUUAAACAGAUAUUGCUAAGUCCAGAUUCCAUUCCAAUUCUGAAAUGUUAUGACGACUGUGCUGAUUUAUCACAAUCUUAUGAACAGUCCGAUUUCAUUCAGAGCAAUCUGCCAAUUAUAAAAUCUUCAAUCAUGGCAUUUAAGAGUGUAUUCAGUGAUCUUCAGAAGAUGGUUCAACAGCACACAGCCAGAAAUAAUUCAAUGAUGAUAAUGACUAAUGCAGGAAGUAAGGGUAGCAUGUUGAAGUUUGUGCAACAAACUGCAUGCGUUGGUCUUCAACUUCCAGCAAGCAGAUUCCCCUUUAGAAUUCCGUCGGAACUCUCAUGUGCCAGCUGGAAUAGGCAUAAAUCUGAGGGCAGGGGUGAAUGCUUGGGAGGCCAAAACUUGUAUGCUGUGAUCAGGAAUUCCUUUGCUGGUGGUUUAAAUCCGUUGGAGUGUCUUCUUCAUUCGAUAUCUGGCAGAGCAAACUUCUUCAGUGAGAAUGCAGAUGUUCCCGGGACUUUAACAAGAAAACUAAUGUAUCACCUGAGGGAUUUAUAUGUUGCUUAUGAUGGGACUGUUAGAAGUUCUUAUGGGCAGCAGAUAAUGCAGUUCACUUAUGAUACUGCUGAAGACAUGUGCAGUGAUCGCAAUCUGGAAGGUGAACUUGGUGCCCCUGUUGGUUCGUGGGCUGCUUGUUCCAUUUCAGAAGCUGCAUAUGGAGCUUUGGAUCACCCAGUGAACAGCUUAGAGGAAUCUCCUCUCAUGAAUUUGCAGGAUGUAUUGAAGUGCCAGAAGGGUGGUACUUCUAUGGAUCAUGUUGGUUUGCUUUUCCUGUCAAAGAAUCUAAAAAAAUAUAGAUAUGGUUUGGAGUAUGCAUCGCUAGAAGUUAAGGAUUAUCUCGAGCCAGUGAACUUCUCUGAUUUGGUUGACACCGUCAUGGUCCUACAUGGGGGAUGUCAGUCAACAAAAGGAAGUCCAUGGACUACUCAUUUUCAUCUAAGCCAGGAAAUGAUGACGAGAAAAAGAUUGGGACUAAGACUUGUUGUGGAAGAGCUUACAGAACAAUACAAUGCCAAAAGAGACAAGUUAAACGAUGUGAUCCCUAAAGUUUAUAUUUCGAAGGGCAAAUGUUCUGCUGACAAUGAGUGCAGUAACAGGCAGAUUUGUUGCAUCACUGUAGUAACACAGGAUGAAUCAAACUCUAUGUCUCAAUUGGACACUAUCAAGAAAAAGGUGAUUCCAAACCUGCUGGCCUUACUAGUGAAAGGAUUUUUGGAAUUUAAGAAAGUUGAGAUCCAGUGUCAAGAGGACCGUGAACUUGUUGUGAAAGUUGUUAUGUCUGAAGACCAUUGCAAGAGUGUGAAGUUUUGGGCUACUCUACAAAAGUCUUGCAUAGCAAUUAUGGAGUUGAUUGACUGGGAGCGGAGCCGGCCAGGGAGUGUAUAUGAUAUUUUCUGCUCAUAUGGCAUAGACUCAGCAUGGAAAUAUUUUGUUGAAUCUUUAAGAUCGAAAACUGAUGAUAUUGGAAGGAAUAUUCGCCGCGAACACUUGCUGGUCGUGGCAAAUUGCUUGUCUGUAAGUGGGCAGUUCCAUGGACUAAGCAGUCAGGGUUUGAAGCAACAGCGGACUCGAUUAUCAAUCUCAUCUCCAUUUUCUGAAGCUUGUUUUUCUAGGCCUGCACAUACUUUUAUAAAUGCUGCAAAGAAGUCUACAGUGGACAAUCUCUGCGGUACUGUAGAUGCAAUGGCGUGGGGCAAGGAGCCUUCUACUGGGACAUCGGGUCCUUUCAGGAUUAUGUAUUCUGGGAAGGCUCAUGCACCCAUACCAAAUGAGAACAUCUAUGACUUCCUACAUAGCCCUGAAGUUCGGCAAGCGCCGGGUGACGCUUUCUUAAAUGGUAGCACCAUAUCUGUGGAGCAAGAUUUUCUUGUUGCCACAGUUGGUAUAUGGGAUAACAUUAUUGAUAUGCGCACUUGCUUGCAGAACAUGCUACGAGAGUACCAAUUAAAUGAAUGUGUUGGGGAGCUAGAUAAAUCACGUGUAAUCGAGGCCCUGAGAUUUCAUCCCAGAGGGCAUGAAAAGAUUGGUGCCGGAAUAAGAGAUAUAAAGAUUGGACAUCAUCCUAGUCACCCAGGAACAAGGUGCUUCAUUAUGGUACGGGACGACGGUACCACUGAAGACUUUUCUUACAAGAAAUGUGUCCAGGGUGCCGCGGAUUCUAUCUCACCUGAGCUCGGACGUUAUAUAGAGAGGAUACUACGGAACAGAGCAGUUUCAUCGCAAUGUUAGCAGAGGCCAGGGGUCCAUCCUCCUUUUCGAAAAAAAAGAGUAGCACUGAUACGAUUUCAUCUAGUUCAGUUCAGACCAUAGGUAGGGAGCAUCUGAUGUUUUGUCUGACAAGGAGCCAUCGAACAGAAGAAGUGGAUGACGAUCGUCAGUUAUCCUAGCGAACUACUGACUGGCGAAGAUGCCAUGCUUCUUCGCCACCCUUCUGGUAGGAAAAGAACAUGUUGCCUUGUAGGGCGAUGCCAUUCUUUUGUUGUACAACCCUUCUUCUUCUUCUCCUUAGCAUUAGCAUUAGCAUCUGGAUAAGUUGGAAGGAAGGGAACUCCAUCGUGAACCCUGCUGCGCAUCGUUUGUAUAUAGAAAUUUUGGCCCAAA